AAACUUGUCUAGCAAUGAAUCAAUAGGUUUGCAGCAUGUCAAACGUAACCUCGGCACUUGCCGCGUGCGCACCAUCAUCAAUACUCUCUAUCACCGCUGCAAAUGCCUGCACAGCAGCAGUACCAACGCUUUCUGCUGCAGCCCGACUGAUCACUAAGCCCGGCACGGCUCUUGGGUCAGGCACUUGUCAAGCGGAUGCUCGCGAUGUGGCGGCUUUGCUCGCUCACCGGGCGCACUCGACAGCGCGCGCUGCCGUAGGUGGUGGCGCUGAAGAGGCGCCUCGGGAAGGGUCCGCGGUUGCCGGUGGCAGCAGCUCGGAUCAGCGCCUCGUGGCCAACGUCAGCGGUGCACGACAGCAGGCGUCAUGCACGGCAAAUGCUGCACCAGUAGAGACACAAGGUCUCACCGCCGCCGGCGCUUGUGGCAGCUUGCCCGCACCACCUCCCAUUUUUAAUGAGACGCAGCUGCGCAGCGUUGCCACCGCCACCAGUGCCAUUGCCGCCAGCGGCCGCGGCAGCAGCCUGGCCUGCAGAGCAUUCGGUGGCCCAAACACCGCCACCAGCACCGGCGGGCCCGCGGUGGGCGGCAGUAGCUUCUCCGGCCGCCCGGGGGGCCUGCUGUGGCCGGACCGGCGCAAUAGGGUCGGCCACACGCCUCAGCCGCUAGCCGUGUCUGACCGCCGGGGUCUAGCCGCAGCAGGCGGCCGGGCAUCGCUGCUCCAUGCCCUCGGGCUGUUGCCGGCGGCCGGCGGCGUCGGAGCACCAACAGCACUAGCAACUGCGAUGGCGGCGGCAGCAGCUCCCGCCGCGUUGCCCUGGCCCGCGGCGUGUCGCGCGGCCUUCGCCUCCAGCGCUCACGCCGCCGUCGCGCGGCGCCGCGGCGAGGAGUUGGAGGGCGGAGGCGAGGGUCGGGCUGCUGGGACCGGCGCGGCCGGCGGCGCUGUCAGCUCGGCCACUGACACGUGGUUGCCGGAGCCCCUGGCGGCGGCAGCGGCCGGCGGCGGCGGCGGCGGCAGUGCCAGUGGCGGUGGCGGUAGCAGCGGCGGCCCGCAGUCGCGUGCGCUGCAGGCCCCCGCUCAUGCAUACGUGGGGCGGGACGGGCCGCAGGGGCUCAUGGAGGAGCUGGCGGCGGCGGCGGCGGCCUCCAGCUCGCCCUACAUACAGCAGGCGCUCAGGCAGCUAGCCGCCGGCGGGGGCGGCAGCGGGGGCACGCGGGCGCCGGCAGGGGCGGGCGCAGCGGCGCCGGCAGCGCUUAAGGCAGCAGCGCCUUCGAAUGGGGGGCGACAGGACUCGGACUCGGGCGCGGCGUCUGAUGCACUGCUGCGCGAGGUGUUGGCUGUGGCGGGAUCCGUGCAGUCCCGGGGGUUUCGAGCGGCGCUGCAGGCGGUGGUGGGGAAGGAGGGCAUGCCAAAACUCAAGCCCAAGCCCAAGCGGGUCACGUCCACGGGGCGCAAGGCGACGGAGCCGGCAAAAGCGGCCGGCGCGGCGGCGGCACCGGCAACAGUCCCAGCAGCACCCGCGGAAGCAGCAGUAGCGCCAGCACCGGCACCGGCAUCAGGGCCAGCAUCAGCAGCUGGGGCGUUGUUGCCCGAGGCGGCCAGCGGGGCUGAGGGCUCAGGCGCCUCGCCGGCGCCGAAGCGGCGGAAGCGGCAGACCGCGUCGACAGCGUCGACAGCGUCGGCGGCAUCGGACACGGCCGCGGCGGCUUCACACGAGGUGGCGCUGGCUGCGGCGGUAGGGCAGGACUCGCCGGGGGGGCCCGGGAGUGCCGCUGGCGCGGUUGCCGGCAAGCGGCCUCGCGGCCGGCCGAAGAAGGACGCCCCACCAAGUGCAGCCAGGGUGGCGGCGGCGGCGACAGCGGCAGAAGCUGCGGCGGAGCGCGCCGCGGCGGCGGCGGAGGAGGCCGCUGCACAGCAGGCCGCCGCAGAGCGGGAGCUAUCCAGUAGCAGCAGCGGCAACGGCCCGCGCCCCAGCUUCGGCAGUAGCGUCUUAAGUCCGGUGCCGCCUCCGGAGUCGGACCCGCGCUACGUGUCGAUGGCUGACGCGGACGCGCUGCAGCCCGGCAACUCGCUGUACGUGGGGCGGCUGGUGGAGUGGCACGCCGCGCACGUGGACGCGGUGCUGGCGGCGCCGGCGCGCACGCCCGGCCUGCCGCCGCCCUCCCUGCAGGACUUCCAGCUGCAGCUCAACCUGGAGGCCAGGUGCAGGAACCUUGCGGUGGAGCAGUAUCGGCGCGAGCAGGAGGCGCUGGUGGCGCGGGGCGCGGUGGAGGGGGCGCUGCCGGCGCGGCGGCUGACGGAGGCGUGGCUGCCGCGACUGACGGCGGCGCUGACGGCGCGGUUCAACCAGUUCGCCGCCCUUCAAGACCCGGCCAAGCAGCAAAGGCGCCGCGGCAGUGCCGCCACCUCCACCAUCAACCUGCGCAAGGGCAGCGGCAGCGGCAGCGGCGGCAAGGGGCGCAGCUACGUGCCACUGGAGCAAGCGCUGAAGAUGAUGGACAGCGUCGGAGCGGGCGCCGCCAACAAGAGCUCUGACGGCACCGACACAGCGGCGGCGGCGGCUGGUGCGUCGACGUCGACGUCGACGGCUGCAGGUGCUGUGUCCUCGGCAGGUGGUGGCGGCGGCAGCGACGGGGGCGCGGGCGACGGCGGCGGCGGCGGCGGCGCCACUGCGUCGGCGUGGGCGGCGGUGGCGGCGCUGCCCCCGGUGCGGCUGCGCGAGCUGGCUGAGUGGGUGCCCAUGGUCAAGUCGGUGCCGCCGGAGCUGCUGGCGCGGGCGGCCGUGUCGGGCAUGCUGAACAGCCUGGUGCUGCGGGACAGCGGCGUGGCGGGCGAGGGCGAGGACAUGCCGCGCGGUGUGGCGCUGGCCGUGCACGUGGCGGACGCACUGGGGCGCCGCGUGCUGGACAUGGUCACCUACAUGGAGGUGUGCGCGGUGGUGCAUGAGAAGCGGCGGGCACUGGCGCGGGCCAAGCAGGAGCUCGGGGCGGCAAUGGGCAAGGCGGCGGCGGCGGCGGCGGCGGGCGCGGAGGGCGGGCUGGAGGCGGCGGCGGUGGCGGGCGGGCAGGGCGGCGGCGAGGCCGGGGCGGCGGCGGCGGCGGCUGAGGACUCCCUAAUGAUGGACCCAGUAGUGUCGGAGGCGGCCGCCAAAGUGCGUGCGACGCGGGCCGAGCUGGAGGCGUUGCGGGCGGCGGCGGCGGCACUGCAGCCGGCGGCGGCAGACGGGCAGCUUCUGAACGACGGCACCACGGCCGAGGCGCGGCGCCGCGCGGCCCCGCUCAAGGCGCGGGGCUCGGGCCUCAGCCUGGAGCAGCGGGCGGCGGCACUGGGGCAGCGCACACAGGACCAGCUGUCGGCUGUGAUGGACCGCAUCGGGCGGCGUGUGCGGCAGGACGAGCUGGACGGCGCCCUGUUCGCCGCACUGGCGGGGGCGCGCACCGCGGCGCAGAGGGUGGACGUCACGCGGGCCUGGCAGGCGGCGCUGAGCCAGGCGGCGGACCGGCUGCAGCAGCAGCUGGGCGCAGGAGCGGCGGAGGCGGAGAUAGCGGAGGCGGCAAAGGGUGUCGCAGCAGGGGGCGCGAAGCAGCGUGUGAGGAAGGGCGCUCUGGAGGCUGCAGAUGGCGACAGCGGCGGUGGCGGUGGCGGCGGGCUAACAGCGGCGCAGGCCGCGGAGCUCAAGAGCCGGCAUGCGACUCUUCAGGUGGCGCUGACUAAGGCUGGCGUGCAGCUGAAGGCGGCGGAAGAGAUGCUGGCGGCGGAGGAGGCGGCGGCGGCAGCGGCAGCGGAAGAGAAGGUGAAGGCUAGCCCGCGCAAGGCGCAAGGGCGGCCCAAGAAAACGGCAGCGGCAGGCAGCGGUGCCGCCGCCACCUCGCCUUCGGCUGCGGCGCCUGUUCAGGCAUUGGAUUUGGAUCAAGUGAUGGCGCAGGAGCGUGAUGCCACUACUGCUACUGCUAGUGCUACAGCUGUCGACACAGAUGCGGCUGCGGCGGGGGACGGGGCUGGGCUGGGGGACGCGCUGCAGCACCUGCACCGCAGCGUGUUGAGGCGGGUCGUGGCCGGCACGGACCGGGCACAGCGGCCGGGGGAGUGGGACCAGUCCACACGCGUCAAGGUGGGGGCCUGCCUGCUGGACCUCAUGCUUCGACUGCUCGAGGUGGAGGUGGAGGCGGAGGCGGACGAGGCGGCGGAGGCGGAGGCGGCGGACGAGGAGGCGGUGGGCGGGGGCGGUGACAGCGGCCGGGCGGGGGGCAGGCAGCGUGUGAUGGAGCCGGCGCUGCGCCACAGCACCGGCGCUGCCGCCACGUUCCACCACGGCGGCUUCCAGACACCCGGGCUCGUGAUGCUGCACCCGCAGGUGUUGCGGCAACUGGAGGGCGAUGUCGCGCUGCAGCGGCUGCUGCAGCCGCGCUUCAUGCCCAUGGUUGUGGAGCCGCGGCCCUGGUGCGGCACCCGCGCGGGCGGCUUCCUGUCGCAGACGGUGCCGGUGAUGAAGACGCAGUACAGCCCGGCGGUGAUGGAGCGGCUGGCCUCCGCGCACGCCGCGGGCCGCAUGACGCCGCUGUACCAGGCGCUGACGGUGCUGGGCAAUGUGCCGUGGCGCAUACACGGCCGCCUGCUGGACGUCAUGGAGACCGUGCAGCGGCAGGGCGGCGGGCGGCUGGGCCUGCCCCAGAACCAGCCUCAGGAGCUGCCGACCCGCUUCACCAGCGCCCUCAACCACGUGUGGCGGCCGCUGCUGGGUGCCGACACGCCGGCGCAGUGCGGCACGCCCUACCUGCGGCUGCAGCGCGAGGGGCGGCGGGGCGGGCAGCUGCUGGUGGGGGCGGGGCGCAUGAGCGAGUCGGAGGAGGAGGCCUACCAGCACCAGUGCGACGCUGUGCGGCUGCUCAACCGCAAUGAGUCGGGACUGCGAUGUGCGCUCAAGUACCGCCUGGACGUGGCGCGGCAGUACACUGGCCGGUACGACCUGGGGGCGGGCGUGUACCAGCUGUACGGCACUGACGUACCAACUGCGGCCGACGGCGCCGUGGCGGCGGCGGCGGCUGGCGGCGGCGAGGGCGGCGGCGGUGGUGGUGGUGGUCUGCUGGCUGGCAGUGCGGCUGGCAGCGGCCGCCCCAUCCUGUUCUACCAGCCCCACCACGUCGACUUCCGCGGCCGCGCCUACCCGCUGCACCCGCACCUGCACCACCUGGGCGACGACGCCACCCGCGGCCUGCUGCAGUUCGGGCGCGGCCGGCCACUGGGCGAGCGCGGCUUCGACUGGCUGCUCAUGCAGGUUGCCAACCUGUGGGGCCAGGGUGUGGACAAGCGGCCACUGGCGGAGCGGCUGGAGUGGGCGCGGCAGCAGCUGCCGGCGGUGCGGGCGGCGGCGGCGCACCCGCUGGAGGGGGGCGGCACAUGGUGGCAGCGCGCGGAGAAGCCGUGGCAGAUGCUGGCCACCUGCUUCGAGGUGGCUGACGCGCUGGACUCCAGCGGCGGCGUCAACCCCACCGCCUUCAUCAGCCACCAGCCUGUGAACCAGGACGGCACCUGCAACGGGCUGCAGCACUACGCGGCACUGGGUCGCGACCUGCGCGGCGGCACCGCAGUGAACCUGGUGCCGGCAGACCGGCCCCAGGACGUGUACCAGGCUGUUGCUGACGCGGUGGCUGAGCGGGUGGAGCUGGCUCGUGCGCAGGGCCGCUCGGAGGCAGCCAAGAUCCACGGCCACGUGGACCGCAAGCUGGUCAAACAGAGCGUCAUGACGUACGUGUACGGCGUCACAUUUGUGGGGGCGCGCGACCAGAUCGAGAGCCGCCUGGAGGAGCGGGGCUGGGGCAACCCCAAGGAGCGGCGCAAGGUGGCCACCUACGUGGCGGGUAUUGUGUUUGAGUCCAUGAGCGACGUGUUCGGGCCGGCGGUGCGCGUGAGGUCCUGGCUGGAGGACUGCGCCAAGUACGCGGUGUCCGCCGGCGCCCCGGUGGUGUGGACCAGCCCACUGGGCUUCCCGGUGGAGCAGCCCUACCGCAAGGUGCCCACCCUGUCCGUGCACACGUCGCUGCAGACAUUCAGCAUCCGUGACAACAGUCGCGACGCGGUGUCGCCGCUGGACGUGCGCAAGCAGUGCUCCGGCUUCCCGCCCAACUACGUGCACUGCCUGGACGGCGCGCACAUGAUGAUGACUGCCCGGGCGGUGCGGGAGGCGGGCGCGUGCUUCGCCGCCGUGCACGACAGCUACUGGACACAUGCGGCGUCGGUGGACCUCAUGAACAAGGCCAUCCGCGACACCUUUGUCCAGCUUCACGAGCGGCCGCUGCUGCACGAGCUGCGCCGCGAGCUGCUGCGCAACCCCGAGUACAGCGGGGCCACCGCCGCCCUGCCGCGCGUGCCGGCGCCCGGGCAGCUGGACCUGUCGGUGGUGCGGCAGUCCACCUACUUCUUCUCCUAGCGGGCGGGGGGGAGCCUGUGGUUGUGGAGGCGUGUGUGUGUAUGGGGGGGGGCGAUAGCCGGCCAAUGCAAGACGGGGGCUGGGCAGCAGGCCAGGAGGAGGCGUCUUCGAGGUGCCGGUGCGGUGGGGGGGUGUGGAGGAGCGUGUGAGUUGGCUUGGGCGGAAUCACCUGGGUGGGAGAGGCAUAUUGGCGGUUGGCUUGGGCUGUGGUGCUAGCCUGGAGCACACGACGGCGUCUUGUAUUUGCAUUCACACUAGCAAGCAUUACUCUGAAGUGGUGUGGUGGGUGUGCUCUGUAGGGGUGUUUGUGGUGGGGGCGAGAGGCGAGUGGGGGUGAAGCUGACUUGAGGGGCGCCGCUGCAGGGGAUGCGGUGUGGGCAUGUGGGCCCAUACAUGGUGUGUGGGGUCGGUAGGGUGUGGGAUGGUGUGCUGGUGCGGCAGGAUGGCUGUGUGUGUGUGUGAACGCGGCUGCAGCGGCGGCGGAUGAGAGAACAGGGUUUGUUUGCAGGGUUUUGCUGGUGUCUUGCUACUUGGGCUGACUGGAGUCCAACCUCAGGAGCGGCUAAGUACCGCAAGCAUGGGCCUGCUUAAGAAUUGAUGGUAGGCCGCCUUGGGCAGCUGUUGCGAACAGGCCGGAACAGGCGUGCAAUGGGUUGCAGCUAGGCCCGCGCGGCCGGCUUGCCUUCACUGUGUCUGACCGUGUGUGCAAAUGGCCAGGCGCCUGUCGUGUGCUGCGGGUGGUUCUGACUGUUGCACACCCAGUGUCAAGUGUAUCCUCCCCCCGGGGUGUGACGCCUGUGACAUGGGUUGCCGGGUCCCAAGGAGCAGGAGGGCUGGCCGCAGCGUGUGGGGGCGAGCGCAGACGCGGGAGCCUGAGAGGGAC